UAAUGUGAUUACACGUUUUGCAUUUAUAGAAAUUUUCUAAACAUAUUGCAGUGUUUACUACUAACUACUAAUUACAUACAAAUACAUCCUUUUAAUUAGAUUAUGGCAGAUCAAGGCAUUGAAGAACUUGGCCCAUCAGAUUUAGGUACUCUUGAUUAUUGGGAAAGGAUAUAUUCCGAAGAACUUGAUAAUUUUAAGGAUCACGGGGAUACCGGCGAGAUAUGGUUCGGCAGGAAUAAUUCACUAAAAGUUGUACGUUGGAUUGGUACACAACUGACACUUUGCAAGGAUGAUAAAAUAAUUGAUAUAGGAUGUGGAAAUGGAAUGACAUUAGUUGAACUUGCAAAAGUGGGUUUUAAAAAUUUAAUGGGUGCAGAUUAUUCACAAAAGGCAAUCAAUUUAGCUAAAGAAAUAAUGAAAGAAAACAAUCUGUUGAUUGACUUAAGGGUUUGUGAUAUAUUGAAUUUAACAAAUUCUGAAUUACCAAUAGAUUUUAAAUUAGUACACGAUAAAGGAACUUAUGAUGCGAUCAGUUUACAUCCAGAGGAUCGUGCAACAAAACGACAAAAAUAUAUAGAAAAUGUGUAUAAAAUUCUGCAACCUGCUGGUUAUCUAGUUUUAACUUCGUGUAAUUGGACUAAAGAGGAAAUAGGAAAGCAUUUUGAAAAUUAUUUUGACAUUCUAAACGUACUCCCUACUGAUACAUUUCUCUUUGGCGGACAACGUGGAAACACCAUAACACAAUUAGUUCUUCAAAAAAAAAAAUACAAUAAAUUAGAGAACUGAUCGAUGCAAUACACGAAAUUUUCUAUUUAAUCCCCUUUCAUAAUCCUUAUGCGUAAUAAAAUAUUUAUUUAUGUGUAACGCAAAUAUUUUACCAAUAUGUUCAUUAUAUCAGCGAAGAUGAAUAAUAUAGUGUACUAUUAUACUAUCAUUAUUAAGUAAAUGAAAUGAAUGCUGCUGCUAGAUUUGAUUUAAUAAAUCGGUAUUAGUAUGAAUUACUGAUACUCAAUAAUUAAUUAAUAAAUAUAUACUUUUAAACAGUCACGUUGAUAUUUAAGGCAUCAUUGGCAUAUAAGAACUUUGCAUUUGUUUGUUAUGUAUAUUUGAAUUGUUGGACUAAAAUGUGCAAUAUAAUUUAUAAUGAAGAACGAGGUGUGAAACAAUUUGUUUAUGCGUUCAUGUAACUAAUGAAAAGAUUUUCUAACGUAUCAAUAUCAAUAAUAUUAGCAAAUUUUUAUAUCAUUUCUAUUGUUCUUUCAUAAGAAUUGAAAACAGAUUUUUAAAAAGCCAAAAUUUGAUAAAUUUUGAAAAAUUAUAUUCUUACAUAAAUUGGAAAUUAUUAAUACAAGGUAUAUUUCAGAAAUCUAAAAUCUAUAGUACCGUAACACUUCUAAUGUAAUUUUAAUAAUAAACUAAAUACAAAUUCGCAUACGCUAGUAUAUACGUAAUUGGAUGAAUCAAUGUUUUGCAAAUCUGUAUAAAAUAAAAAUUAAGUUUACAUGUGA